AUGGUUGAUAACUCUGGCACUUCCGGCUCACGUGUUCAUCACUAUCUCCAGCGUGCGUAUGCUUUGGCUGAGAGCUCAGAGGCGGAGAUUCUGUAUGACCAAUGGGCCGAUGUCUAUGACACCGACAACGCAAAUGGCUACGCUUCCCCCCGGCGCUGCGUGGAGGCUGUUAUUAAAAACCUCUCACCCGCCUCUGAUAAGCUAAAAGUCCUCGAUGCUGGCUGCGGUACCGGUCUCGUGGGUGACUGUCUAGCUGAAACAUCCCUGCAAUUUGUCCUUGACGGGGUGGAUCUUAGUGCCGGUAUGUUAGCGGAGGCACGGGGAAAGGGUGUGUACCGGGAGUUAGAAAGGGCGAAUCUGAACGAAAAGAUCGCAAAGCCGGAUGGGAGCUACGACGUUGUUGUUUGCGUGGGCACACUGACAAAGGGUCAUGUCGGGCCUGAGGUGUUAGCAGAACUUGCUAGGGUGGCUACGAAGUCUGGAUUAAUUGUUGCUACUGUGCACAAUGAUAUCUGGGAAACCGGUGGCUACAAAGCGAAAAUUGAAAAGUUGCAGAAUGAUGAGAUAGUGCAAAUUAUUAGCGCGGAAGAAUUUGGGAUAUUGGAGUGGAAGAACACAGGAGGAAGGAUGCUAGUGGUGAGGAAGAGAUGA